GGGCUGGUGGCGGUGGGAGAUCCUUUCUACUAGCUGAAGAUCUCUUCCUUCUCCUACCUGACACGACAUGAGGAGGAAAGAACCCACACCGGGCAGGUCCAGGGACCCCCCAGUGAGAAGGUCGAGUCGCUUGCAACCGGAGAAAGUUGGAGAACAGGUUUCAAGGGAACCGCAAAGCUUUGGAGGAAGUCGUGUCACUGACAUCCUUUCGCCCAGGGAGAGCAUCAGAGCUCACAGGAAGCGGGUUGAGCCAGCCAGGGACCCAUCGCCCAGUCCCCCCAGAGGUCCUUUGCAAUCGUCGGAAGAAGCAGAAGCUCCCGAAGACAGCGGGCAAACCGUUUUGGAAAGAGACACCCCCUUGUCAGGAUUUGGUUCACAGGCAGAGUCCAUUAAUAGUAAGAGGACGACGACAACCAAGAUGGCUGCCACAGCCGGGCUCACUGAACAUAAAAAGACAUCCCUCCAUUUUCCUUUUCAGUCCCCCUUUGUCAGGCUGAGGAGACUGGAUGUGCCACAGGAAGAGGAGCCUUCCCCACCCCAAAACGGGGCAAAGGAGCUGCCUCAACCAAACAUCGAGUGGGAAGUGGUGAAAGACAAGAGGGCCCGGCUACAGGUUCUGGAGACGUCUCAGCCACGAAGCACCAAGGCCAGGCCCCAGAUGCAGAGGAGGACAACGGCCAGCUCACAAGGCAGGGAAGAAAACGAGACGCUUGCCCUUGGGCAGCUGAGCAGGGCAGGAAUCGCCGCCAGGUCCAAGGCGCCAACCAUGAGGAAGGCCGACUCACAGGCAGGAGCCCCCCAUAAGUGGGCCAAGCGUCUCCCGUAUCGGUUUGUUCUCUGUUUCCUUCUCUUCUUGCUUAUCCUGGGCUUUGGCUGCUGGUUCGCAUGGGAACACGGAAACCCUGGCUCCUUCCUGGGGCUGGUGGGAUACAAAGCAUGGAAAUGGAGCAGCUUCCCGAAACUGUGGAAUGAGGUGGAAGAGUGCAGUAGUCAGUGCAGCCUGGUAUUGGUGGAGAGCAUCCCAUCAACUUUGGAUUAUGAAAUGCUGACUCCUCACCAUCCAAGCAUCUACCAGGCUUGGAUGGACCUCCUGGGUGGUGCCAACAGCAGUGUGGAGAUAGCAGCUUUCUACUUCACCCUACGAGACUCCGAUGUUCACGUGGAGGAUCCCUCUUCGAAGCAGGGCAAGGCGGUGUUUGAGUUGCUGCGGGCCUUGCCUUCUCGCGGGGUGAAGCUCAGCAUCGCUGUGAACAGCCCCCAGUUUUCCGAGUACGACACAGAUGAAUUGGCCCGCCAUGGUGCAGAUGUGCGGUAUGUGGACAUGAAGAACCUGACGGGAGGCAUUUUGCACACCAAGAUAUGGGUGGUGGAUCGGAAGCACAUCUUUGUGGGCAGUGCCAACAUGGACUGGCGCUCCCUCACUCAGGUUAAAGAGCUGGGCGCCGUGCUGUACAACUGCAGCUGCCUAGCUAGGGACCUACACCGAAUUUUUGCCAUAUACCGCAUCCUGGGGAAAGACGGGGCCUCCAUCCCACCCAAGUGGCCAGCGGACCUGGCUGCCGAGUCUGGCCUGACUCAUCCCCUGAAGCUGCAGCUGAAUGGCACCGGCGGUCAGCUGUAUCUGUCUAGCUCUCCACCGGCCCUCUGCUCCUCAGGCAGAACCUCUGAUCUCACCGCCAUUUUGAGCACCAUCGAGGAUGCCAAAGACUUUGUCUACAUUGCUGUGAUGGACUAUGAGCCCCAGUGCACAUUCUGCAAACCAAAGAGGUUCUGGCCGGUCAUUGAUGAUGCGCUGCGCACUGCGGCCUGCGAUAGAAGGGUGAAGGUGCGUCUCCUCAUCAGCUGCUGGAAACACUCACAUCCCGCCAUGUUCAUCUUCCUGGAAUCGCUCAGAGUCCUCAGCUACGAACCACUGCGUUGCCCCAUUGAAGUGAAACUCUUUGUCAUUCCCUCGGAGGGAGAGCAGCCACCGAUCCCUUAUGCGCACGUCAAUCACAACAAGUACAUGGUGACCGACAGAAUCGCCUACAUUGGUACCUCCAACUGGUCUGAAGAUUACUUCACCCGCACUGCAGGCGUGGGUCUGGUCGUCAACCAGAGUGACGCCUCUGCAGGAACCCCGGGACAAACCCUGCGCCAGCAGCUGGAGAAAGUGUUUAUCCGGGACUGGGACUCUCCCUACGUUCAGCCGCUCAGCAAACACCGGGAAUGUUCGAGGAAGUGAGGGCGGAGGGUGGCCCACUCCACUCCCUGCCUGGAAACAGGUUCAGGGCUCAGCCUCGCUCUGACCCCUGGGCCUGGAAGCACUCCUUUCAACAUCCUGCAGUUUAGAAGCUCUUGCCUUGGUGCCCCUGCUCCUGCGCUUGCGUCCUGGAGGAAUCUGGCCAGCAGGCGUUGUUGGGGGUGGGGGGGGGAAGGAUGUUGGACUCUUUGGGUCAUCAGUCUGACCCAGAGCGGCUGCUUCUGAAACUCCUAAGCAGCCGCUCAUUCUGUUGGCGCAAGUGAGGAACAGCUACAGCUGCUUGGCCACCAGAGCUGGAGCGCUCUAGCACAUGCCUCCAUAUGUUGCUUAACUCCCAUCAGCCUCAGCACAGCCAAUUAACUGCAAGGGAUGAUGGGAGUUGGAGUCCAGCAAAAUCUGGAGGGCCACCAGUUGGCCACCCUUGCUUUACAGGAGGAGUAGGGGGGUACCUUGGUCCUGGGGGCCAAAUGCGACCCUCUGGACAUCUCUGUUGGGCCCACCUGCUCCCCAGGUGGCAUCCCUCCCUGGCCCUUCUCUCAGCCCUUUUCCCCAGGGAUUAUGGCUCCACGGUGAUAGUGCAUUUUGCUGGCCUGGGUGGAGGAUGGAGAGGCAUGUGCCUGGAACACAGCCUAGCUACGAAUUAGGGCAAAUGGGGCAACAUCAGCUUGCCCUCACCUACCUGCCUGCCUUCGUACUUACAGCCAGUCCAGGGAACAGGCCUGCCUAUCACCUUCCGCCUGUGUAGCCUCAGUGUUGCCUCUUGUGGAAAUCAGCAGGGAGGAAGACGAGGAUGUGACAAAACUAGAAUGGUGGGUUCAAGCUGUGACAUUGGUUCUGGCUUCACUGUUGGGCUCCUUUGCCUUCCACCUCCCCAGUCCCAAUGGGCACCAGCCACCGCUGUGGACAAAGCUAUGAGCCACAACUGUCACUCCAACCACUUUUUUACAGCCCCUCCCCAUUCACCACUGGCCCCCAGAAGGCAACGUGUAAAUGCUGCCCCACCAGCCUUGCUUUACAGAGACUGAUGUUUACAUUUCAAUAUUUCUUUUCGUUUGCUUGCUAGCUUGCCAAAGUUUUCUAGUUGCCCAGUUGGCAGAGAAUGGCGCUGCCUUCUGCCUCGCUCUCCCCUUGCUGCUUGACCAGAACAAGGUCACAUCUGUACCCUCCAUCUAAAGCAGGCACAGGCAAACUCGGCUC